AUGUCCGCUCCCACACCGCCGGCGCAGAAUAUCGCCAUCAAACAACGGAAAGCGCCGCACGCGCCUCGAGCGCAACCUACGCCCUCGUCCCAAGCCCCAGCGAAGUCCGGCGUGCUCAAGCGUCUGCCUUCCGCGACGGAACUCAAGCGGGGUCCGCUGAAAGAUAAGCGUCUUCGGAUGAACGGACAGGACUCGGACGAGCAGGCCAGCGUGGACAAGAAGCCAGAGAUAGAGACGUCGUCUGACGAGGAGGAGGAUGUGGACGCCCUUGUCGACCUAUCGCGUACUGAGCAACAAUUACGCUUCAAACGCAUCAAGUAUCUUCGCAAGCACGGAAUCGACUGCGAUGACACGCUGAAUACCGAGCAAUCGUUUCAUCUCCUGGCCAUGGAGUUCGAUCGCAGUAAGAAAGCGGCUCUCGAGCAGCAGACGGUACUUUCCAACGAUGUCACCAAAGCGCAGACAGAGGCCGCGAACGAGCGUGAAGCCCGCCGUGCAGACAACAUACGCGCGAACGCGGAUGCCGCUGCCAGUCGCGAACGCGAGGGGCGCCUGGAAGGCGAGAACGUUGAUUUGAGAAGUCAGCGCGACACUGCCCGUCGGCAAUGCGCCGUGGAACGUGACGGUCGUCUCGAGGCGGAGAAUGACUGCGUAUGCCUGGUCACAGAGGUUGGCGCGCUUCACCGAUUCUCUACCUCUGGCUUGUUCGCGAAGUAUCACCCACGGAACGAUGCUCGUCCUCGUCCCCGCUACCGCUAG